AUGGAAGGACAUUCAUUUGGGGUUGGUCAUUUAGCCUGGAGUCCAGAUGACACAUACCUUAUUGCCUGUGGUCCUGAAGACUGUUCUGAAUUAUGGAUUUGGAAUACGGAAGUAAGUCAAAUGCACAUGUAGUCAUGUCUGUUAUCAUGAGAAUGGUAGCAUUAUAAUGUUGUAGCUAAAAUCAAUUUUAAGUCAAAUCAGUAUUCAACCUACACUGUAGUUUGGCUCAGAAUUUCCUUUGUUUCUCAGCCCUAAUUAUUCACAGGAGACAAAGGAAAUUCUGGUUUAACCUGGGAAGAGAUUUUGCUCACAACAUAGUUAUAUACCUCUUUCCAAAAUGGUGGAACAUGUUAUAUUUCCUUUCUGUUAUCUUUGCCUUUAUUGCAUCUUUAGAUUUCAAAAGACCUUCAAAUAUAGAAUACUUCAUGGAAAGUGUAUGUGUACCUUAUUUACACAUGACAAAUCAGAAAUCAAAUGAGUGAGCACCGCGAAUGAGUGCAUAAAAUUAAUACCCUACAAAGCACUUUCCAUGUGUUAUUUGUUUAUUACUUACAUGUUGAAACAUUCAUAUUUUGCCAGCCUUUUAUUUCAAAUCUUUCCAAAAUCUUAAAAUGCCAAAAUAUGCCGCUACACACCAUGAAAUCACAAAGAAAACGAAGUAUAUCUGUAUUAAAAAACACAUGGUAAAAAUUAUAGUGAGGGUGAUAAUCAACGAAUUACGAGUAAUAAUUAUUAACUUUUUUUCUGAAUGUACAAAUAAAAAUGAACGAUUUUGAGUAAAAUGACUGGUUUGAAUCUAAACAGAAGCAUAUAGCUUAAGUUGAGCUCCAAUAGAAAGUACAAGUACAAGCUUACAUCUGGGAAACAAGCACAGAAAUUCCAUACUGAUGAUGUGUCACUACCUGAUCUGGCUAGUGCUUCUCACUGGUCCUGCAGUAUGGGAAAUUUGCUUCAACCAAUCAGAAUCACUACCCAGACCUGGGUAGUGAUGUUUCAUCAGUAUGGAAUUUCUGCACUUGUUUCUCAGACCUCACCAGUGGUGGCGUCACAAAAUGUCGGCCAUUUUCUCAGGCCAUUGAACUGUUAGUGUCAAUCAUCAUGCCUUGUUUAAUACAUUGCAUUUACCUGUUUCUGGACAAAUUGUGGUUAAAGUGGAUUUGUCUGCUUAUGUUUAAAGACAGGAGAGCUGAAAUGUAGAAUGAGUCAGUCGACAGAUGAUAGUCUCACAUGUUGCGCCUGGAAUCCUGAUAGCAAAAGGUUUUACACUGGUGGGAAAAGGGGGCAGUUUUACCAAUGUGUAAGUGGUAGUUCUUUCCUUAAUUUCAUUUUUUUUUAAUAUCUGGAAUUUUAUUUAGCAUAAACUACUAAUGCAACAGUGGUAUAAUUGCUGCAUAGUCCCAAGCAGUAAUGGUUUAAAAUAAUAGUGAACACGUGGCGUUUUCAUCUAAUUUUUACGUGUCAAGUGCUUUCUUCAACGUCCCAAAAAAGUCAAACUAAACUCCUCCUGCCUGCUUAACCCUUUAAGUCCCAAUAUCCACAUACAAAUUCUCCAAACUGACCUCUAUAUAUUUCCUAUUUUUAAAGAAUGAGUUAGAAAAUUUGAUGAAAGAUCUAAGCAUUUUCUCUUGGGUGAUCAUUUUAUUAAUUCUUAUAACCUAAUCUUGUGGCAAUGUAUGGAUAUCGUUAGGAGAAUAUCGAAGUUGGUCACUUUUGGGACUUAAAGGGUUAAUAUAGGUAUACAGUCAACAUUCAGUAAGACAGGCACCAUUGGGGCUGGCGCUAUGGGUCCCCUUUUAGUGAGAUGACAAUCUCAGUAUAGAGAGUUAACUACAAAAGUAAGGAAAGGCAGGGACCAAUUCUACAUGUAGAUGUUGUAGUUAAUUUUUUAUCUCAGGUAAUUUUUAUUUUUCCUUUGUUUCAACUUCGUUAGCAUACAUUAUCAUACCCAAAAACAAAAGAAAAACAAAAAUUACCUGACAUAAAAAAUUAACUACAACAUAGAUGUCCAUUUUUAGCAAGGUGUCUAUCUUGAAGACAGUCAACUAAGAAAAGAACAAAAAAGCGCGGACCAACUCUACAGUGUCCAUUUUAGGGAGGUGUCCAUCUUGUAAAGGGGUCCAUUUAGAGAGAGUUGAGGUUCAACUGUAUGUGAUUCAAUUUCUGCCAAAGAGGUUUAAUUCUCACACCAUAAGAUUUCAUCCACAUAGCCAAAAGUUAGAUCUUGAUCAUUUCAUAAUUUACAAGACUCUAUCAUAUACUCUUUGAUUGAAAGGGUUUCUAUUCGCGUAGGUUCGCCAAUUUUGGCAGGGUCACCGCAACAAAAGGCCCGUAACAGUCCCUCCNUUUUUUUUUAAUAUCUGGAAUUUUAUUUAGCAUAAACUACUAAUGCAACAGUGGUAUAAUUGCUGCAUAGUCCCAAGCAGUAAUGGUUUAAAAUAAUAGUGAACACGUGGCGUUUUCAUCUAAUUUUUACGUGUCAAGUGCUUUCUUCAACGUCCCAAAAAAGUCAAACUAAACUCCUCCUGCCUGCUUAACCCUUUAAGUCCCAAUAUCCACAUACAAAUUCUCCAAACUGACCUCUAUAUAUUUCCUUAAAGAAUGAGUUAGAAAAUUUGAUGAAAGAUCUAAGCAUUUUCUCUUGGGUGAUCAUUUUAUUAAUUCUUAUAACCUAAUCUUGUGGCAAUGUAUGGAUAUCGUUAGGAGAAUAUCGAAGUUGGUCACUUUUGGGACUUAAAGGGUUAAUAUAGGUAUACAGUCAACAUUCAGUAAGACAGGCACCAUUGGGGCUGGCGCUAUGGGUCCCCUUUUAGUGAGAUGACAAUCUCAGUAUAGAGAGUUAACUACAAAAGUAAGGAAAGGCAGGGACCAAUUCUACAUGUAGAUGUCCAUUUUUAGCAAGGUGUCUAUCUUGAAGACAGUCAACUAAGAAAAGAACAAAAAAGCGCGGACCAACUCUACAGUGUCCAUUUUAGGGAGGUGUCCAUCUUGUAAAGGGGUCCAUUUAGAGAGAGUUGAGGUUCAACUGUAUGUGAUUCAAUUUCUGCCAAAGAGGUUUAAUUCUCACACCAUAAGAUUUCAUCCACAUAGCCAAAAGUUAGAUCUUGAUCAUUUCAUAAUUUACAAGACUCUAUCAUAUACUCUUUGAUUGAAAGGGUUUCUAUUCGCGUAGGUUCGCCAAUUUUGGCAGGGUCACCGCAACAAAAGGCCCGUAACAGUCCCUCCUCCCACGAGAUAAACCACCUCACUAUGUCCCCUACUUUUAACUUAUGAACAGUGUGUGGGUUCUUUAAUGUCCAACUGACUUUUGAGACGGGGCCUACGGCUUAUCGUCCUUAUCCGAGAAGACUAGAAAGUCUAACCGUUUCACUUUGCAGUUGUCUCUAAACCGCGGCCUCAGUUAAACAUCGCGGCAGACCGGCGCUACAGUUUUUCUACUUUCGUUACCAUUUGAUACAUGCAGAUAUUAUUUUGAUUCUUUUAGGCUCUCGAUGGGAGUGUGAUGGAUACGUGGGAAGGUGUCAGAGUUACAGGGCUUCAUUGUUUAGGUGGUGGAGGCAGUACUGUUCUGGCUGCGGACACACACAACAGAAUUAGAGCUUACAAUUUUGACGAAUUAAAUGAUAGUAACUUGUAAGUCUGCACGAAAUGAAAGAUAGACUGUCCACAUUCCCUCAUUUUCCCAUGAAAUCGUCGAGACAUAUCGUUACGGGAGGGGCAGGCCCCUGGGUUUAUAGUAGGGACUUAAGGAACGUUGACGUCUCGGACGUCAAAAAUGGCAACCGGAAGUUCAUUUUUCACUCUUUCAGUGCUCUAACUCGACAAAUUCGCGCAGUGGGACUUAAAACAAUGGCUUUCAGAUUCGUUGUGUGAGACAGAAGCCUUCCAUCAAGCGAUUUAUCGAACUUCCGGUUGCUAAUCAUGACGUCCAGGACGUCAGCGUUCUCGUUGCUUAAGCUUGCUAGUAGUGAACUUACGCAACAGGACGGGAGAGGAAAGAAGACGGCAAACCUUGUGUGACAAGCGUGACAAUAAUUUUAUUUGAAACAACUUUUCGCCAAACUUCACUUUCCUUUAAACAGAUCUUUUUGUAAAGGAGCAGAAAACCUUGGUGUUAAGUGAAGAUCACGACAAAACCCACAAGUGAUAGCCCUGUCACGUUUGUCACACACAGCUGUUUUGCCGUCCUCUUCUUCCUGCCGUCCUGUUGCGUAAACUCACUAGUAUUGAGUGCAGGAAGGCCGAAUCAAAUCAAUUCAAAGCCAAACCAUUCCCCGCUCCUUAAGUAAAUUGGAUACUCAUGCCUUGCUUAGUCCUUGUACGGCGUUUUCCCAGUUUCUCUCGGUCAAUUCACUUCAGUGACGUAUAUCCGAGACGUUUCGCUUGGACCAUGUGAUCCUAAACGUAUUGUCCGGGCGGAAAAAGAGGCCUAGGGACUAGGCAAACCCACACUCAAGCUAGAUUCGAUACAAUUAAAAACCAAGGUGGCCGCCCCUGCUUAAAUCUGCCCGAUCCCGACGAUCAUACCUAAAAAUAGGGGGCUGUGAACAGUCUAAAUUUAAGGUAACUGAUUAUAGAAGAAGGGUUAUUGAAUUGUUUAGUAAUAGUGAAAUAUGAAAUCUAUAAUUUCGGCUCCUGAUAAUUUAUAGACGAAUUUUCUGUCUCACAUUCUUUCUUCUUACAGAAUACAAGAGGACCAUUCGAUCAUGUCAUUUUCUGUAUCAGACGAUGGUCGGCACGCACUUUUAAACAUAGCUUCACAGGUGAGGAAUCUCAUCGUUUGUACAUAGUCCGAAAGUUAUCAAAGGUCUGAGCGUGAUCCUAGAUUACCGAACAGCUGUACUUCGAAGUCACCCUAUUAACUUUGCCUGCGACAAACUUGAACCUCUACUACAUUGCAUUAUAGAUAAAUUUGUACCGUAAUUUCUUGAAUAAGCGCCCGAGCGCUUAUUUAAAAGUUGGGCCAAAAGGAAGGUCUUUUGUUGGAACGAGGGCGCUUUAAUUGAGGAGCGCUUAUAAAGCUUUCCUCCUGUUGGUAAUCAAGGGUACCUAGGUCCCAUUACAUACUGAAUUUAUACACAUUUGUAUCGGUAUAGAUGUUGAACUUUAAGCUAAAGAAGUUAUAAAUAAAGUGGCAAUAGAAGCAGGUUUUCUUUGUAUCCCUACUAUUUGAGAGAGUGUUUGGGGAGGGGAGGGGAGGGGAGCGCUUAUUGGACGGGGACGCUUGUCUGAUAUUUUAUAAAAUAACUAAGAUAGUACGCGCGCUGUGAUUGGCUGAGAGGAGUGUUUGCAUGAGAGUAUGUAAACAUGGUUGUGGCGUCAAGAUGUUUUGCUUUUCGCGCGCUAAUCACGCAAGCACGAAUUUGAAAAAGUUUUCAGGUUCAGAACUCGACAAGCUUACUUUAUUUACCCAUUCCUUCGUCGGCUGAAACUUGGAAAACCAUUGCGAAGAAAGUGUGUCAAUCUUUUUUCGCUUAAGCUGACAUUGUAAGCGAGAAAAGUCCGUAUUUUGGAAAGCAUCUUUUUGCAAAAGAAGAACUGAUCACGCGCGCAAGACUCCGUGGCGAGACUUUGCGAGUGGUAAGAAGUUCUAUUUUAAUCAGUGCCAUAUAAAGAGUUUUGCGUUUUUUCGUGGGAAAUUUAUUUUAUAAAAGCAAUAGAAAACUUUUUGCUGUGUUUGCAUAGCCUGAUAUAAACACUCGAGGCGUUGGGAGAAUUCUCGACAGUUAUGCAAACCCUCGACUUCGUCUCGGGUUUGCAUAACUGCCUCGAAUUCUCCCAACCCCUCUCGUGUUUAUAUCAGGCUAUGCAAACACGGAAAAAGUUUUCUAUUGCUUAAAUAGCCCAGGAGAUGGAUGCUUAUUCGAGGAAGGGCGUUUAUUAGAGCGCGGGCACUUCUUCGAAGAAAUACGGUAUCUUACAAAGUAGAUUUUACCGUCGUUGUUUCUAAAUUAUCUUAGCUAUUUGUUGAUCAACUUUCUCUUUCUUUUUUUGUCGUUAGGGAGUUCAUUUAUGGGACAUUAGAGAUCGAAUAUUAAUCAGGAAAUAUCAGGGUCCAAGACAGGAAAAGUAUACAAUAUACUCAUGUUUCGGUGGUGCUAAUCAAAACUUCCUUGCUAGCGGUAGUGAAGGUCAGUGCACAGAUACAUGUGAAAUAAUAGGGAGCUUAAGUACAGGUGUUCUUGAGCGACGCAUGUCAACCGGAAGUGAGACCUUUUUCCUUUUAAUACCGUCAACUCUCUUUAAGACGGAUACCUUUGGGACCGGCACUAAGUGUCCGUCUUAAAGAGGUGUCCGUCUUAUAGAGAGUCAAAUAAAGGGAGUAAAGAAGGGCAGAGACCAACUCUAAGUGUCCGUUUUAUAGAGGUGUCUGUCUUAUAGAGGCGUCCGUUAAGAGAGAGUAUGCCUUAACGCUACCAAACUCGUACUGCUAAGUGUCUUAACUCUUACAAAAAAUGAGUCGCCCGAAAAUGUCGGCAGAACCAUUACCCAAGAACGGAAAGGUUGAAGUGCGUCGCUUCAAAACGCCUUUGCUCAAGGACCCUAAAGUCUCCAGGAAAUAGGAGACGUCUCCAUUCAUAUCAGAGUUCUCUUCUAAUGAGUGCUACGCUUCUGUGGAAGAAUCUCUUGAUCUCAGAUAUCUUGAAUUCGUUACCAUGACAAGGCUCGAUUUCCGCCGCUCUCUCGGUCCUUCCCGAGAAGAGACUGUUCGGGGGAGGAGCGUGGGCUCAUUUCCCGAACAGCGGCUGGUAAUCGAGCCUAUGCCAUGACAAAAGAAGCGAAUAAACCGAAAAUGGAUUCUUCAGCGUGACAUCCUCGAAUGGGGCGAACCAGUAAGGGCUUUGCGCCUGGGCCACAGAGGAAAAUUUGCCAGCUGUUUUUUUUUUUUUUUGGAACCCUCCCAAAGAAACGCAGGUGUCAUGAAUCCAAAAACCCCAUAUUUUGAUUUGGUCUGAUUAAUCCCUCGAGAGCGUGGAUUCUUUAGAUUUACUGCUAAGUAAAGUCCGUUAACUAGAAUCCCAAGUCCGUUUUAAGUUUCAAGAUUCCGGAUUUGGAUUUUCCCGGAGAAUUGCGCCCCGGUGUGACUUGCGCGUACCACAGGACGCCCGAGUAAAAAAAAGAUAAAUCAAGCGAUCGUAAUGACUAAUGCUGUUGAAAAAUUCAUUUCCGUAAUUUAAGGGUCAUUUGCCAAGCCAGACAAUUGGACCAGAUGUGUUUUCCUUUUCACAGAUCACAAGGUGUACAUCUGGCAUUCAAAACGUGAAAAACCAAUUGCGGUGCUCAGUGGACACACGAGAACUGUAAACUGUGUCAGUUGGAAUUCAAAGGAUCCCACUAUGUUAGCGUCGGCCAGUGACGACGGAACUGUAAGAAUAUGGGGUCCUGUUGGUAGAUUUUCUAAAUCAGGUAUUUGGAAAAUUUAA